AUUUUAUGGUGGGGUUCCGAGUAUAAAUGCUUAUAAUAGUGACAUGCGCUUGCGCUGUGAACCCGAGUGCGUUGUCAACUAUCGAGCGCGAACAUGCGGCUUGUUCUAGUGUUGGCGUGUAUCGGGGCCGUGUUUGGUGUCCCUCUACAGUACGCCCUGCCGUAUGCUCACGCGCCGCUUGUGCAUGCGCCUUUGCUGCAUGCGCCGGUCGUUGCAGAACCUGUGUCUUACCCGAAGUACGCUUUUAACUACGGCGUAAAAGAUCCACACACUGGCGACAUCAAGAGUCAACAAGAGGAGAGGGACGGCGAUGUUGUCAAAGGUAGCUACUCCUUGGUUGAGCCGGACGGGUCUACACGUACAGUAGCGUAUUCGGCAGACGAUCACAACGGCUUUAACGCGGUUGUUCAUAAAACUGGCCACGCAGUACAUCCGGUUGCAGUGGCACCAGUGGCUCACUACGCGGUGAACCCCGCUCUUUCGAUCUCGCCCUAUACUCUCCAUUAAACCGCCGUAUUUUUAAUUAAUAAUAAGUAAAUAUACCAAACUUAAAACUAUUUUAAGGAUUGGUUUUUUAUAUAAGUAAUAUUUAGGUCAGUAGGUAGGACACUCAUGUUUUCAAUUAUAAAAUUGUUUAGAUAUUCGUAUGUAAAAAAAAAAUAUAUAUAAAAAUAUUUAAGUGUUUUUAUAGGUUUUAUGAAAAGUUGCUAAAUCGAAAUCGUUGGUACAAUGCAAACUUAUAAAAAGCAGCCUGUGAUUCUUUGUAAAUAUUAUAGCAUUAAAUUUAAAUAUAAUAUGCUUUAAAAUAGCGAAAGGAAUUUUGAUCUCGAUUGGGUUGGAUUUCAGUGCAAAUUUUUAUUUCAUAAAAUAUUUAUAUACCUUGAUUCUUUUUAAACUAUACUAUUUCAGAAUUAUAAUAUUUGGCAACUUAUGACUCAAUAUUACAAUAAGCUACAAAGUAGACAUUACCCGGGGAUUUAAGUUCUAGGUAGGUACAUACUUCAAAUGUCAAACUUUUUCAAUUGAUUUUGAUCUUUAUGAGACAAGACAAAAAAAAACUUUUAUUUUGAGUAAAGAAAACGAUAUUUCAAUUAAAGGUUUCCAUUGCUUGAAAUCUACCUCAAUUCUGACAAGAAAAUUCAAACGCUAUCCAUCCAGAUCAAACGCCAGCAAUUAUCGCCAAGAAGUGGAGAGCUACAACUUUUUGGUGGAUCGUUUUUGAUGCAAUAAGCCGUUUUCCUUCUUCCUGCUAUUUAGAAAUUAAAAAAAGAUAAAACAUCAACACAUCGGAAGAAAACCGGACGAGUUUGUCGAAAUGUUAACAUUGUAUUCGUAAAGAGUUAGCAUCUGUUGUAAGUACAAUAUAGAAAUAAAUAUUAAAAAUUUAUAAUAAAACAACUUACAUUUACCGU